AUGGCGGCGGAAUCGGGUGGUAGUGCCAACUUCGACCUUCCCGAGGAGGUGGUGCAAGUGCUACCGUCCGAUCCCUUCCAGCAGCUCGAUGUGGCUCGCAAGAUCACUUCCAUUGCUUUAUCGACACGUGUCAACGCCCUCGAGUCAGAGCUGUCAACACUUCGCAAUCAGAUCGCCGACAAAGACAACCUCAUCGCCGACCUUCAAUCUCAACUCGACUCCCUCGACGCCUCCCUCUCCGAUACCGCCGACAAACUCCUUCUCGCUGAACAAGAUAAGGAGAGCUUGCUCAAGGAGAAUGUUUCGCUUUCCAACACCGUCAAAAAGCUCAAUCGAGAUGUCUCCAAGUUAGAGGUUUUCAGAAAGACGCUUAUGCAAUCACUUCAGGAGGAGGAUGAUAAUUCUGGAGGAGCUCCAGACAUUGUCGCUAAUAUACAGAGCCAAUCAAAUUUGACUUCCACGUCACAGUUUGGAGAUAAUGAUGCUUUAUUGCCACCGUCUAUUUCUUCUUCAACGGGAAAUUCUUUAGCCGAGGAACAUGAAUCUGAUGCCAUAAGACCUAGAGUACCACAGAGUCUCCUCUUAGCAUCUCAAAGUUCUACCCCUCGGAUUACUCCCCCUGGUUCCCCUUCUAGUCUGUCUGCAUCAGUGUCACCUACGAGAACAUCUAAACCUGUAACUCCGAGGCGACAUUCAAUUUCAUUUUCAACCACAAGAGGCAUGUAUGAUGAUAGGUCUUCGGUGUUUUCUUCAAUGUCCUUAACUCAAGGUUCAAUAUCAACCUCUGAUGCAGGAGCAGGAUCACAAACUGGACGAACACGGGUAGAUGGAAAAGAGUUCUUUCGCCAAGCCAGGAACCGUUUGUCUUACGAGCAAUUUGGUGCAUUCUUGGCAAAUGUUAAAGAAUUAAAUUCCCAUAAACAAACGAAAGAGGACACACUACGGAAAGCAGAUGAAAUUUUUGGGCCUGAAAACAAGGAUCUGUACACUAUAUUUGAGGGAUUGAUUAAUCGCAAUGUCCAUUGA